AAUCUAUCAUAUCUAUUUCAUAAUCUUUAGAUAGUAUCGCUAAUAACAUAAAUAUCUAUAAAAUGUUUGAGAAUAAGUGAAUUGGGCUGUGUCAGCAUAUUGAAUAUUGUUUCUACUUUGGGGAAGUAUUUAGUUCUCGUUCUUUCAGCAGUUUAAUUUCUUGUAGUGAGAUCUUAAUUUCAGAGCCUAACCAGAUAACAUAUGUGAGAUUAAGAUCCUUUCUCUUCUUAAAAAAGAAAUUAGAGAUAUUAAAAAAAAAAACCCAAACCACAGAAAGACAGCAAAACAACCCAGAGGCAAAAUUUACUUCACGCCACCAUGACUUCAAAUCCCUUAAUAAUUUCUUUCACUGUAGAGAAACCCUUUGAAGAAGAAAAGAGCUGGUCUCAGCAGUUGUGCAUUUUGGGCGGUGUUGCUCAUUUUAGUGACUGAUAUCUCAGGUUUUACGGAUCUAUGGCUUGAGUUUUGAGGCGGAGCCAGCGGCGAGUGAUCCGUCCGGUGCUGCAGGGAUUGGGACCGGGUUAGGGGAGAACGAAACACGUUAUCUGGGGGGACAGCUCGAUGUUUGAGUGACUUCAGGGCCCGCCCAGAGCCUGAGGGGAAGGCGCCGGUCUGAGCGUCCCCGUUGUCCCUGAGGGGACCGGGAAAGGGAUAAAUCCCCUUGGCUAUGGAUUCCAGGCAGCCCAGGCUGUGCCGGGACACCCCCGGACCCGCCCCCGCCGCCUCCAGCCCCUCAGGGCGCCCUGAGGCGCUGCCCCUCGGCGGGGAGGAGAGCUCCUUCGCAGAGGCAGCGAUGGCGAGCAGCGCGCAAAAAUCUGAUGAGAGUGGGAGUAAACGUCAAAGGAUGGAGAAUGAAGCACCAGAAAAUCCUCAGCUGUCCUUCCUUGACAAAACAGAUCUGGCUCUUUCUGAGGACUCACAGUCCCUUUAUGACACUGAACCACUGGAAAAGGUUUUAAAUGAUAUGAGCAAAGAAAUUAUGACCUUGUUAUCAAAAUAUGCUAACAUUAUAAGUGAGACAGCAGCGAUGGAGGCUUCUUGUGUCCAAGAACUGGAAGGAAUCUUAAAGGAAGCGAGGGACAUAGACGAGGACUUAAAGCAGAAAAGGGAGAGUCUGAAACAGAGAUUCACUGUCAUGGCAAACACCCUUGCAGGAUAAAUGGAGUCCAUUCAACUGCAGAAGUGCAGAGCCAAACUCAGUCUAUUUUGUGUAUUCAAACAAACUGUGAUGAGUGUUAUUAUGUCUGGUUCUUAGGUAAAUAUUUACAGCACUCCAGAAACCUUCAACAACUUAAGCAGUGACUUACACAUAGUUAGUAAAACCAGUUCUUAAUAUCUGUUUUCAAUCCUGUGACUCCAAGGUUUUCAAACACUAAAACAUAAGGACUUUACUUGUUAACCCAUUGAACAUGGUACAGAAAUGUUCCUAUGAAACAUAGAAUUUUGUAAGUGGAAAAGGACCUCAGAUUAUUUAAUUCUAAUCAUUUUCUGGGUUUGUUUUAGUUUUGGGGGUUUUUUCUUUCUACUUUGGAAAAUGUUUUGGUGCUAAAGUCUUUGUAGAACGUACUUGCAAUGUUAUUUCAAUUUUGUCUCAGGAUACAAAUAGGUUGAAGAGAUCAGCUUAGAAAUAGGAGAGUUCUAUUAAGAAAAAUACUUUGGGAAAUGUAUAAAGUCUUAAUUUGAAAAUGCAUUUAAUACUUGUACAGCUUUUCAUGGCCAUUUUGAUAUAAACAUUAAAGCACCCAAUCCAAACUUUGCUGUGAUGUCAAUAAAUAACUGGACAAUAA